AACGAGAAGGUCAAGUAUGUGAAGGACCUGGUCAACCACUUGAAGUCUGUGGACGACCUACUCAAGAUGAACCAGGAAGGAAAGACCUCUAUUGUGGAGGACCAGGACCUCCUGCUGAUCCAACAGACUCUGGCCCCCGGCUGCCUGCACACCUUCCCCUUGCUGUCUGCCUAUGUAACCCGGCUCUUCUCCCGACCCGCACUCAAGGCCUACCUGAACUCCCCCCAGCACACUGAUCUCCCCAUCAAUUGCAAUGGCAAACAGGCCGCCGGGGAGCCGGGGCAUGGGGUCGGGGGGAGCGGCUGCAGGGGCGCGGCCCCCCUGACCUCGCUCUUUUCUCUCCUAGUGUCUUCCUACACCAUCACCUACUUCGCUAUCCGAGGCCGAUGCGAGGCCAUCCGGAUGCUCCUGGCGGACCAGGGCCAGACCUGGAGCAACGACUUUCUGAGGCCAGGCCCGUGCCAGGCGGCGGAACUGAAGAGCAGCUGUAGCGACAGCAAGUACCUCAAGUUGAUCGACGGAGACUUCACCAUUUACCAGAGCAACGCCAUCCUGAGAUACCUGGGGCGCCAGCUCGGGCUGUAUGGGAAUGAUGAUCGAGAAGCUACACGCUUGGACAUGGCCAAUGAGGAUGUGGAGGACCUGAGGCGCAAGUACCUGAACUUGAUCUACUUCAGUUAUGCUGCUGGCAAGGCAGACUAUGUGAAGGAUCUGCCCAAAGAGCUGGACUUUUUUGAAGACUUGCUGAGACAGAACCAAGGAGGCAAAGCCUUUAUUGUGGGGAAUCAGAUCUCUUUUGUGGAUUACAACCUGCUGGACCUGCUGCUGAUCCACCAGAUCCUGGCCCCCGGCUGCCUGGACGCCUUCCCCUUGCUGUCUGCCUAUGUAACCCGGCUCUCCUCCCGACCCGCGCUCAAGGCCUACCUGAACUCCCCCGAGCACUGUUCCCAUCAACACACUGAUCUCCCCAUCAACUGCAAUGGCAAACAGUGAGGGCUCCCCCAGGCCCUCAGCUUGCAAUAAAGGCUUUCCAGCAAACA